AUGCCGCUCCUCAAGCCACGACCAUCUGCAAGGCACGCCAACUCUUCGUCGUCGAGCAUCUUUUCUUUUCGGAGUUCAUCGAGCAGAAACACCAUCGCAAAGCCCCGACCGUCGACGAUAUGGAACGCUACCCCCUCAGUUGCUCAGCUCUGCGUCGUCUGCAAGGUUUCCACCGCCAGGGCGGAUAGCGUCUUUUGCGGUGCGACCUGUAUGAACCGCGCCCAGAAUUUUGGUCCACACUUGGCAGCACUCGAUUCUACACAUCCAAUGUACACUACUAUCACACAACUCUUUUCCAAAGGCUGGAGUCACGAUACUCCAAUACCAGUAAUCGAAAAGAUUUACGCAGUCGUAGCUCCAGAGAACAGACACAAUGCCUAUCGCGCCUACAGGCACGUUCUCCUCCACGUCUCUCGACACCGCUCCAUCUGCUCCGAACGGUCUUGUUCCCUCUGCGGUAUCAUUCGCAACUCUUACGACAUCUCAUGGUCCGGGCAGAAAUGGGGAAGAUACGGAAGAGGUAUCUACACGACAUGCACAUCCUCAAAAGCUGCCGACUACGCACGCACUCCACCGACCAACCCACUCAAGGCGCUCAUUCUCAACGACGUCGUGAUUGGCAAAGGCGCCGAGAUUGCAGGCGACAUGCCAAACAUGACCGAACCGCCAUCAGGCUACGACUCGGUACUUGCCGUCCCAAGCAAGCGCCUUCAUCGCGGCGGUGCACCUCGUGGGCUCAACUACGAUGAGACUGUCGUAUACAACAACUCUGCCAUUCGACCGAUGUACAUCAUUCUGUAUCUCCCACUUCCCGCAUAG